AUGUCAUAUUUUGUCAACUCUAUCCCCAUCUCAAGGAACAGCGAAGUUGCCAAGAGAGCGGUGUCCGGCAUCAUGUUCCAAGAACCAGACGUCAGCUCGAGACCAGAUGACUGUGUUCAGCCAUCUUCGUUGUCGCCCCCAACACCACGCAUACUGAACCCUUAUUCAUGCCUGCCAUGCCGGGGAAAGAAGAAAAAGUGCGACAGGGCUUCCCCUUGCCUAAAUUGUCAAAGGCUAGGGACAGAAUGCCUGUAUGUUCCCAGGCGCCAAUCAGCCCGGCAGCCUCCGUCACUUGUCAUUAUGGAGAGACUGCGACGACUUGAAGGUACCAUCAACCGCAUGCAGAAACAUAUGAGCCCUGAACUAGCUCAGCGGCUAGCUUCUGAUGAGUCGCCUCCCCAUAAUCAGACAUGGGAUGACGCAGAUUCUACGUCGCAGUCUGGUCCGAUCCUACCUGUCGACGACGUGGCCGGUUUGGGUACUGACCUCGGGAGAUUGGCUCUGGAAGAUGGGAGGAGUAGAUACAUUAUUGGUAGUUCUUGGGCCAGCCUAGACGAUGAGGUCCAAGAUCUCAAGAGCCUCUUACAAAGCCCUCCAGAGAAAGCAGAACAAUGGUAUCCAGACAUCAUACCAGACAAUUGCAUAAGCACUCAUGCUCGCAUUCUAGGCUUUGGUUCUCCGUUCCAGAACCUCUCGCAAAUGCACCCUCCCACGCAGAAAAUACCAGUUUACUGGGGGCUUUUCAAGCAAAACUGCGAUAUACUCAUCAAGGUUCUGCACGUACCGACAGUGGAACCACUCAUCCUUCGGGCGUCACAUCAACUUGGUCACAUACCUAGAGGACUCGAAGCUUUAAUGAUGGCCGUUUACUAUACUGUCGUGGUAAGUCUGUCGCCCAGUGAAUGCCUGGAACUCCUGGGCAGCGAAAAGGCGACUCUUGCCCACGUGUUCAGGUUGGGUACCGACCAAGCCUUGGUCCAGGCAGGGCUUCUUGAGACUGACGAGAUCAUUACCUUGCAAGCCCUGGCCAUCUAUCUCACCGGGCUAAGGAUUCACAGCAGUGCGCGUGCCAUGUCAACCCUGACGUCGCUCUUGGUGCGACUUGCAAAUAAUGCCGGCAUUCACCGCGAUGGAACUCACUUCAAACUGCCUCCGUUCAUGGUAGAAAUGCGGAGGAGGCUGUGGUGGAGCAUAUGCGUUCUCGAUUCACGGGCGUCUGAGGACACUGGUUAUGAUACCAUGAUUCCUUUCGGAAAGGUUGAUACCCAGUUACCGCUCAACGUCAACGACUCAGACCUUUACGCAAACAUGGAACAUCUUCCACAGCCUCGGGUCGGCCUUACAGAGAUGACUUUCAGCGUCGUUCGUUUUGAGUCAGUACAAGUUUUCCAAAAUCUACAGCAUAUAUCAUCGGAUUCCAUGGGCAAGAGUGCGAGGCCCUCUGCAGCACAGUAUCUCAAGGACAAGACAGAUACGAUAUGCGGUAUCGAGAAUCGGCUCCAUGAACUGUACCUGAAGCACCUAGAUUUCUCGAAUCCCCUAGCCUGGUUCACAUCCACUAUCUGCGCCAUAGUAUUCACCAAAAUGCGGCUUGUCGCGUAUCAUCCCUACCUAAAAAGGAGUAGUUCUGCUGGCUUCUCCUCCGAUACAAAAGACCGCCUAUUUGUUGAGUCAACCGAAGUUAUCGAAAGCUGGGUGCGUUUGAACCAAGAGGAAAGCACACAUCGUUGGAGAUGGCUUUGUGAGACAUAUUUCCAGUGGUACGCUUUAACAUUUCUGCUCUUGGAACUCUGCGAGCGGACCCACGGCGGACCAGUGGACAGAGCAUGGGAUGCAGUCGAUAGCGCUCUUCGCCUUGGCCACCAGAUUCAUUCUUUCUCUUCUUCUUGCCAGGGAGAUGCUGAUACGUGCCCUCUGUCAGAUUCGGAUGUACACAGCUGUGGCCUCUGCAGGCCCUUCGGUAGACUAUUGAAGAGGGCUCGCUCAGCAAGAGCCAAUCACUACGAGCAUUCCACGUCUCAGAAUGAAGAUGGUAGUAAUGAAAGCACAAGCGCAUCAAAAAACCAUCCACUCUCGAGGUCGACUCCGGAUGCCGAUAGCCUUGAAGUUUUAAACUGGGAGUCUAUUGAUCUCGACUUCGUAACCAACCCGAGUAUUUCUGCCAUGGCGUGGCCUGAUUGUAAUCCAGAAAAUUACUAUAAUUGGGUCUUGGGGGAGCCUCCAUACCCUGUGUCUCAACUUGGGAACGAUGGAGGGUUAUUGGCUGACUGCCCAAUAUAUCCAAGGACGGAUGAUAUCAGCUAG